GCUCUUCCCUUAUCAGGCCAGCCCCAGCGUGUCCCUGGCUCUUAUCAGCCCUGGCAGAGCCAGUUUCUGAUGCACUGAACCCCUAAAUUCCCGUCCCAGGGUGCUGCAGGGCCUGGCCCCAUUGCCUCCAGCUUGCACUUAAAGAGGUGCUGAGCAGCACCUUGUGACAUAUGGGGACAAGGCAGGGCAGUGGUGACAGACCGUGAAGGGAGGAGAUGCUGGACCUCAUCAUCCUCACCCUUCAUUUCUUCAUCUGCUUUCUCAUCUCCAUUGCAAUCUGGUAUGGACUAAAGGAUGUGGAUUCACACAGCUCAAGCACAGCAGGAGCUGAAAUGAGGCCAGAUGGUCUUGUAUUCAUUGGCAAAGAAGAUGACAUAAAGAAGUCCCAAAGAAUAACAGCCAAAAUCGAUGGCAGGGAAAUUGUUGUUUUCUACCAUGAAGGGAAAUUUCAUGCUCUGGAUUCUCGCUGCUACCAUGAAGGAGGCCCUUUAUGUCGUGGAGAAAUAGAGGAUAUUGAUGGACAAGCCUGUAUUGUUUGUCCUUGGCAUAAGUUUAAAAUUACCUUGGAAACAGGAGAAGGACUGUACGAAGGAAUAAAUCCUCAGGAGCCAUCACCAACACCAAAGUGGCAAUCAAAAGGAGUCAAACAAAGGAUUCACAAGAUCACAAUCGACAAUGGGAAUGUUUAUAUCUGCCCCAAAAACCCCUUCCAAGGAAGUUUCUCUCUGAGCUCCGCUGCACUCCAGGAUGUGGUGGGUUCCACUGUUCAGCCUGUGGAGUGCAGAGACAGAACACAGAGCACCACAGAACCACUGAGGUUGGAAAACACCUCUAAGACCAUCAAAUCCAACCAUUAAAUCAGUACUGCCAAGCCCACCACUAAACCCUCUCCCCAAAUGCCACAUCAACACUCCUUUUAAAUACGCCACCCUGCAUGGCUGCAAUUCUUCAGUGUGGGGUUUUUUGUGUGAUUUGUUGUUUUUUUGCAAAGUUCAUUCACAGGCAGGUUCAGUUUGAAGUGCCUGCCCUUCAUCUCUAAGUUCCUCUUGUGUUUGCAGCACUCUGUCUUGCUUUCAAUGUAUGUCACGGGUAACUAGGCUUGUGUCAACACUCCUGUUGAUACAAAUGUGUUUAGAAGUAGUGAGGCAGAAGGAAAGAGUCAAAGGAAAAUUUGUACUGCAUUGAUCACAACGAAUAAAGCAAAGUACACAAUCAAUUAAUUUCACUACAGCUAAAUUGAGAGGAAACCACCUCUGGUCAUGCCUCCUUGACAUGGUUUGCGUAGUUGACAGGGAAAAGUGUUACCUUGAAAAUGCUGUUGAGCUGACCUGCCCCAGUUCUGCAUUUUAUAAGAACUACAGCACAGAAAUGCUUUUCUUGCCAUCUGCCUCUUCCUCCCCCUCCUCCUUCUCUCCCUGACCACUCAGCCAGCCAGUGCCAGUGAUCAGGCAAAUGCCUGCCUUCUCUCAGGUGAAUCAUGUCUUGAUUAUCUCCUAGAAAAUGCUGUUCUGUACUGACCAGUUCUGUGAUUUGUUGGGGUUUUUUUUAUUACUGUGUUUUUUUAAUAUUGUUUGUUUUUAAAGAAUAUAUCAACUUUUCCUCUGGAAACCACCAGGUAGAUGGCAGGAAGGUGGAGCAGGUACCUUCCUGCCAUCUACCCCAGCAGGUGCCCCAAGGGGCUUAGGUGGUGUCAGGGAGAUGGAGAAUUGCUGCCCCUCCCUCCCUCCUCACCCAGCUACCUGUACCUGAGAUUAAACUUGACCACAGACAUUGUGUCCUAGUAAAAGACAUGGAUCACGUAAAAGGAGAGUGUUGCAAGAACCUCAGAUACACCUGCAUUAACUCAUGUGAUUGCUGAGAUAAUAUUUUUAUUGACUUUUCUGGAAGUAGCGCAUUACUAGAAAUUCACUCUUUAAAUUAAUAAAGAUGCAGUUCAGUUUAAGAAAGCACUGACUCCAAACAAUAUGCUAUCAUCUGUAUGAUGUUUAGAAGAAUGAUGGAAAUAGGAAGUUUUAUCUGAAAGCUUCAUGGACAUGUUUAUACUAGUGGAAGAGUGCUCAGGAUUCUGCAGAAUUUCAUUUACUGGCUAAAAUUCAGAAAAGUGUUUAAUCAUAGGCUUAUGCCUAAUCAUAUUGAAUAAAUACAACUGCAUGUCCAGGCAUAUAUAAAUCCUUUUUCUUCAGUACUUCUCAUGCAUAAUAGCUAUCUGCAAGAGUUUAUGAUUAUUUUGCCUCUUUUUUUCCUUAAGUGUUCUUUCCCAGGAAGUUUGCCCAUUAGAUUUCAUUCCCCUCGUUUUUCCUGUUGAUGAUCACAGAAGAAACAGAAAAUUAUUAACUUAGGCAGCAGUGAACAGAGCAGGGAAGUUUGGUGGGCAGUUGGUUUUUUAUUUAUUUUACCCUUUCACCUUUUCACUUUUCCCUUUUUACUAUUUCAUUUUUUUUCUUUUUUCUUAUUUUUUCUUUCUUUUCUCUUUCUUUUCUUUUUCUUUUCUCUUUCUUUUCUUUUUCUUUUCUCCUUUUUUUAACUUUUGACAGCAAAGAACAAAGUUUCUCUUUCAACAUAUUGAGGUCACAACCUUUAAAAAAAAAUGCAUGCACUGUUCUGAGGUUUGAAGUGUUAGACUGUGCACCUAAUUUGAAAAUAAUUUAAAUAUUUGAUGUCCUAUAGUUGAACAUUCUGAGUCUCUUAUUUUCCUAGCCCUUUCUAGGUUCCUCGUCACAGGGCUAGGAGAGCAUGAAGACGGGGAAAGCACAGGGAGGGAGACGAGGGGUGGUUAAGUCAAGGCAAUGAUGCUGAAGUGGCAUUUAAGGUGCAAUGAAGAGGCAGAAGGAAUCAGUAGCUGUGGGCAGGAGGUCAGUGAGUCAGUGGCUGGAUAAUUACUGCUUCCUAGAGAGGUGUGUUAAUGACAGCAAUCAACCAAGCCAUUCCAGAAGAGUGUUUUGUUUGUUUUUGGGAAGGGAAGUUUAUUUAAUUUGACAAAUGAACAAAUACCAUCUGUUUUUCAUCACAGAUCAGCCAGGCAGGGAGCAGAGAAAUACCUUCUGUGCUUUGGAAGGAAAAUUUUUGUGAUGAUACCGCAAGGCAUUCAGUCUUUAUAAUAAGCAAGCAGCUUGAAGACAAUGAAUAAGUUAUGUUAUGCUAAAAUGGAAUCAUCUUUUCUAGAAAGACAGGGGAAAACUGUGUAGCAGUGUGAAGUGCAGCCUGAGCCUGGACCUGAUGUACCUGCACUGCAAACUCUGAUUAGACAGUGUUGACUGUAAAGCUGGAUGCUGCCCUUUUCCUUCUAUUUGUAGUGCCUUGUUUUGCAGUGCUCCCCUGGCUGCACAUUAAAUUAAGGACCCCUGAAAUGUAAAACGUGCCAUCAAGUUGGGACUGAGAAGUUCAUUAUGGGGCACGUAACCUGGGGGAGAACAGUUUGCAGGAUGGCAGAACACAGAGAGAGAAAAAUGUUCAUUCUGUAGGAAAGCAAUUUUAAAAACAAUCUUUCACCACUGAAGCCCUUUUCAAUAGCUUUGUGCAAUUCCUAAUUUUAUAUUUAAUAUUGGAAUGAAGUCCAGUUUUGAAUUUUGCAUCUCGGGUUCCUGAAAUGAUCAGAAGAUCUGGUUCCCUUGCUGGUUCACAAACACGGACUGUGAGAGUCAGCAUUCACGACCCCCAUCACCCUGCCCCACCGGCUUGGCAACUUCUUUUCGAGGUUCCUGGGGGAGGCAGGGGAUGGGGAAUGGAAAUAAUAUCAGUGGAGAGGCCCUUCAGUCUCUGUGUGAGUGUGGGGAGGCUGCCCUUGGCUGGCAGAGCCCUGUGAGAGCUGCUGCCACUGCAGACCUGGCCAGAGCUGCACCGGAGGUGUCGGGGGUCAUGGUUUUCUGCUGGGCCAGCAAAUUCAGGCAGCUCCAUCAGCAGGAGAGCAGGAACCAUGCUGAGAGGGGCAGGAGUCACUGAGGCUUCUGGGGGGGGGUGGCAAAUUGGGUCAGCUCUUCAAACUCUGUUCUGCAAAUGCUGUUUUUAAUGUGGCAUUUAUUCAUGCAAAGCCAUGGAUUUCAUUAAUGGAUUUUUUAGCUGAAUGAAGAGUUGAGCACAGUUUUGAGCCUCUGCCAUCUAUGAAGUACUGAAGCAGACUAAAAAUGAACGUAACAGUUUUGCCUGUCAGUAAGAAAAACUGGAAAACCAGUGUAGAUCUCCUAAUUAGCCCCUUUGUGACUCUUCCUCCAUGAGACGAAGAGAGUUCCCCAACAAGCAGUACCUGAACAGUGGAAUUGUUCUCCUGAAAGAUGUCAGAGAAGUAUGGUUUAUCAUUGCCAACAACAGUAGUUAGAAAUCCAAGACUUAUGAAGACAACUCCAGAAAUAAUUAUUCUACCUGAAAGUAAAAUAAGUGUUAUCUUUUUAAAACUAACAAGCAAAUCAACCAACAAAUAGUCAUUAAAUUAAUUAUUAAUUAA